AAAUAGUCUUGGUAUCCGAGUGGAAAAACCGACUUCAUUAGUUAAGUGGUGAACUUACCAAGUGAUGGAAUAGAAACUGAGCGGAACAUCUAACAGUGUAACUGAAAAUUUAUCAACGAAUAUUGACCAAAUCAUCAUCAAGCACCAACGAUUAAGCCACGAAUACCAAUACAAAUACAGCAUUGUUGAUCAAACAAUUCUUCUAACACAAAAUGAGAAUUGCUUCGUGCUGUGGAUGCUGCUCUUUGCAGAAUGGAUCCAUAAUUAUUGGAAUUCUUAGUCUGGUAUCUGGAUUCUUUUCAUUAAUAUCCCUCAGCAUUUUUGCUGCUCGAAUCGAAUAUGUAUCUAAUAAUCCAGACUUCCGUAUGGGAAUGUAUUUUGUGGCCAAGGCUGUCAUUGCUGCAUUCAUAUCUUACGUUCUUCUCAUGCUGAUCAUCACCUUCUUUUUCAUUAUGGGAGCAGUGAAAAAACAAGCAUCCUACGUAUUUCCAUUUUUAUGUAUCAACUUUGCAAAUAUAAUAUCAACUGUGGCAGUGGUGAUUGGUUAUGUAACAUAUUCAUGGAUCUUCCCUGAUAUACCACCAAUAUUUGGUGUCUUCUUAAUUUUAAUUUCUGGAUUUUGUUUAACUCUUCAAACAUAUUUGUGGCUGGUAAUUUUCCAUUUCUACAAAGAAUUGGUGGCAGAACAAUAUGGACAUUCUCUCGACAACGGUGGUAAAAUUUAUCAGCAAAAAUAUCCUUACGGAGUAUAAAUUCAGCCAAUGAAUAUUAUUCAAAAUAUAUUACAUAAAUAGAUUUUAAUAUGCUAUUUAAA